GCACGUUCGAGGGGGUCAGCUGCCGCGAGAAGGGGCCCCCGGCGAUCAGUCCUCUCGCCGCUGCUUUCCGGUUGCGGUGGCACGCGAGCUCGUGAAAUCGGCUCUCGCGCGAUAUUUUCUUCCAUUGUAAUGGUCUCGUGUGUCCGAGGAGGGCGUCGCUGGUGUUAAACAGAUCAGGAGAAACGGCAACCGUUAAUUGUCCAGUGCGACCGCGAUUCCCCGUUUAUUUUUUCCGGAUAAUAUAGAUUUCCGACUCCGUAAAUAUGUGAGAAAUCGAACGGCAAGAUGGUGAAGAAGCAGAAAGUAAUAGAACAGUUCAAAGAUUUCUAAUUUCAAAAAUUAGAAAGUCGCAAGAGCGAAAAUAAAUUUCCAUUAAUUCGUUUCAUUCCAUUCAAUCUUUCGCAACAUACGAAAUUGACAGUCGCGCAAACGUCGAUUUAGAGCCGGCCCUGAUGAUCCACGAUGAUGAUCGAGCAACGCAGUCCGCGCGCGCGCGUUUUAUUCACGAAUCCACGAUAAAGAUCGAGCGAGAACGAGAGGAGUGAUAAGAGCGCGAUAACGAAUAGGAAGAGAGAAAGAAAAAGGUACUUUCGAGUGGCUAUCAGUCGUGACGUGGUACGCGGUCGAUUACCAUUCUACUGUGUGAUUACAGUGAUAAUUGCGCGUAUGUCGCGUUCGUGAAAAAAAAAAAAUAAACUAAAAACAAGGAUACGGAUACAGGUGCGCGUCGAACGUCAACGGGAACAGGUGAGAGGCCGAGCUUCUCUCGCUCCUGGACGCUUUGCGUGUUAUUUGUACACGCCAGCGUGUACUUGCUUGUAAUGUUACGGUAUCGACGUGUAAUACGUGCUGUACAGGGUGUCUCGAAAAAGCAUCUCAGCUAAACCCCGUCGUUUGUUCACGAUUAGUGACGUGGUGAUUGUGAAAUAUUAUUCCGAAUACAAUCUUUUUCGUCUAUCUGGAUAUAGAAUCGAGAAUGCCGCUGUUCAAGGCGCGGGCUACGUCGAGGUCGCCGAUAACGGAGAAAGCUGUGAACGGCGUGCAAUAUCGCAACUAUCAUCAGGUUGCCGAUGACAACAAUCAUGACGGAGGCGCGAGCAGUAACGGUACCGGUAGCCGGUCGUGCAAUAAUAACGCUCCUCUUCAGCAUGAGCAGACGAGAACCUCGUCUCGGGACUUGAAAUCGCCUUCGCUCGUCUUCCACUGCCAGCUGGCCCACGGCAGUCCCACGGGACUGAUAUCAGACUUUAGCAAUGUCCGCGAACUGUACCAGAAGAUCGCCGAGUGCUACGACUUGCCCGCGGAAGAGAUUCUCUUUUGCACACUCAACACGCACAAAGUGGACAUGACGGAGUUACUAGGUGGACAAAUCGGUGUGGGUGACUUCAUAUUCGCACAUAAAAAAGGCCGGCCUAAGGAAAUCGAGCUGGUGAAGACGGACGACGCAUUGGGCCUGACUAUCACUGAUAAUGGUGCCGGUUACGCAUUCAUAAAACGUAUAAAGGAGAGCUCCGUGAUCGACAGAAUAAAGGUGAUCGAGGUGGGCGAUCACAUCGAGAGGAUCAACUCGACCAGUCUUGUGGGCAAACGACAUUUUGAAGUGGCGAGGAUGUUGAAGGACAUACCGAAGGGCUCGACGUUCACAUUGAGGCUAGUGGAGCCGCAGAAGAACGGCUUCGGCAGCAUCGGACCGCGCGGUGAUCCCAGGAAGGGGAAGAAAGUCGGCUACGGAUCCGGCAAGGAGACUUUGAGAUUCAAGGCCGACGGUAGCACGCAGAUAAUACAACAAAUUGACGACGCGGCUGCGCUGGGCGUUGAGAAGAUCAACACUAUCUUGGAGAGCUUUAUGGGAAUCUCUGAUACGGAAUUAGCCACGCAAAUCUGGGAGCUCGCCGAGGGCAAAUGCAAUAGCAUAGACUUCGCCGAGGCGAUAGAUAAUUCCGACUUGGAGGAUUUUGGUUUCACCGACGAGUUCGUGAUCGAAUUAUGGGGCGCCGUGACGGAUGCAAGAGCGGGUCGACAUCGAUGACGCGAGGAUCGAUGACGAAACAAUUAGCGGCGCGGAUAAGGAAAAUAAAUGGCUGAGAGCUUCGUUGAAACGAAAUUUUGGACGAAAUUAUUCGUAAACGAGUGCUCUUCUACGUGACAAGUGACAUUCAUUUAUCCUCGUCUGUUACCAUGAUUCUGGAAACCUAAUGUUUAACGCUAGUCGUGGUUCUCGAGAUCUCCGUGCUUAUUCAAAAUUUUGAUUUGGUUUGCGAAUGUGUGUGUAUCAAUACGAGAAAAUCGAGCAUCCGACAGCGAAGAUGCAGGCCGAAAUCUGCAAUAUUCCAUAUCAUAUUGUACAUUGUGUCAUACGACAAGCGCAGAGUCAAAUUUGAAGAAAAGUAUAGAUGCAAACAUUUUUUGCAGAUUGUGCGUUAUAAAAAAUUGAGAAUAGCUUUUGAUGCAAUGACAUUAAAAAAGAAUUUUCAUCUAUUAAAGUUGUAUUAAAGAUUUUAUUAUUUGAUGUCAAAUUUACUUUUUUUUUUCUUUUAGAAGGGAGAAUUUCCGCGAUUGAUUCUCUUCGAAAGCUUGUUUAAUCUCUUUGUUCAUGUCUUUAAUUAAAUUAUUACAAAAUUUUAUAUCUGAUAAGAUAGCUUCACAUAAUUCGAAAGUGCAAUCACGAUAAGUCUUGUCAUAAUAUUGUUAAUGCUCAUCUGAUCAUCUGAGAAGAGAUGAAAUAACAAAAUUUUAUCAAGUUUGUCAUAUAAUUUUCCGAAUUACGCAAUUAUAAUGUUAUAAUAAGAAUAUACUACGAGAAAAAGUUUAUUGACAUGGGAAAUUUUAUACCGUCGCAGCAUAAAUUUCAAAAUAAGAUCAGUUAUUAUGUGGACAGCAAAAGAAUUUGUUAAGAAUUCUAAUUUGAGUUUGCUGAAAAUAAUUCUGCUAAAUCUGUCAAUUAUUUUAUUAUAAUAGAAAAUUGAUUCUUAUCUCGCCAUCAAAGCAAUAACAAUUUCGCUGUAAUAUUAAAAUGCAUUUGGUAGCAAUAGAUUAUUUUGCUUUAGCAGAGCAAAUUCGUGUUCCUAUGAAACAAAUUUACUCAAUGAGAUUUUUCUGUUUUACAAAUAGAACGAAUUAUGUUGUAAUAUCGAAUAAUAGAUUACGGGUAGCAAAAUCACUUUUACAUAUUAGAAUAUGCAGUAACAAUUACGAUUUUACUGUCGCAGCUAAAAUCUCUUCACUACUUAUUUGAGUCGAUAUCGACCUACGUAAAAACGCAAAAAAACAAUCUAAUAUUUGCAACGAUUAGUAUUAAUUAUUCAAAUUAUAGCGUACACAUAUUGACGUAGCAUUAAAAUAAAUCACGCGUUAUCAUGUUAGUAUCAAAUUAGAUAUUUAUUCUAACAUGAGCCAAAUUAAUAUUCAUUAAUAUCGAGUAAGAUGAAAGAUAUUAUACACAAUGUUAAGAAUGAAUUAAUAUAUUUUGAUACAUAAGAGCGAACAAGUUUAUGAUGUGAAUGUAUAAGUGUGCAAAAAAUUAUUAUUUAGCAUAAUAAAGUCUUUAUAGUAAAUGCAUAAUUUUUACAUGAUCCAUAUAUCGGUUAAUCGUAAUGCAGACAAUGAAAACAAGAUAAGAGAGAGAAGAGAGAGAAUAUCGAUUUAUAGACUGUAAUAUUGUCAUCACCAAUUGAUGACUGGCAUAUCCCUUAUCUGACAGAGAUAACAAGUGAAAAAAUGAAAAAUCAGUAUUAUAUUAAAACAUGUAUUAUUUGUAAAUAUAUUAUAUACUACGCAAGUCACGCAGGAGUGAAACAGCAUAUUGUUCGGUCUUAAAAUGUUUAAAUUGUAAAUCAAUUCUUCCUUUUCACAAAACUCAAAUGCUCUUAUAACACAUGAAAUACAGCAAAUUAAUUAAUUUUAAAUUCCUGAUUCAGAUCCGGUUUCACAAGAUUAUGGAAACUGAUGACGUUCUCUCGUUAUGAAACGGCAUAAACAUGUUUUUGUUGAUAGAGUUGUAUUUUUUACGAUACGUAAACGCGCCUUGAAAAAUUUUAGAGAAUAUCAAAACCUAUAGUGAAAAAUAAUUAUAUUAUUAACUGUUAAUAUUAUUAAUAUAUGUUGCAUGUUAAUAUGUAUUAACAUCGCGAUAGUAACAUAAGGCAAUAUCAAUAUUAGUUAUACUUUAAAUCUCAAAAUUUUUAAAUUCUCUUUAAACUAAUAUUUUCCAUGUUUCAUAUGGUUUGACACAUUUAUUUCUCUCUAAUCAUGCAAUUUUUGAUAAGUUUGGAUUGGAACGUCAAUACACACAUAUUCCGAUCAUAUGUUUAGUCCAGUCUUAUAGUAUUGAUGCGCAUGCGUGAAAAAGCCAACUUGGCUUGGCCUGUUCCGAGUUCCGAGUUCCAAUAAGUUCCAAGUUCCCUUUUCCGUUCCGAUCUGUCAGUCAGCAUCUGCGCCUUCGUGCGUAAGCACUUUAAUAUAGAGUUAGUUUUAGCCGGCGUAAUUAACGAAAUUGUCACGAAGAACGAUACAUAUUUUAAAACAAAAUCGUACACCAAAAUUGAAUCUACUUUACGACGAUAAAAAUAGAAA